AUGACUGAAAAAAUUUUAAAUAAAUUAGAUGUAGAAAAAAAUGGGAAUGAAUCAAAGUCAUUUAAAAAUAAUAAAGAAUUUGAAAAAAUAAAUCAAAAUUAUAACAAUCAAAGAGUUAAAGAUUAUUCUGAUGAUUAUAGACAUUCUUUAAUCUCCCAAUAUUCAAGCAAGAAGAUUUUCUGUAGCAUCAUUAAUAAUAGGAGUACGGGAGCAAGUCCUGAAUUUAAAAAAGGAAAUGAAAUUUGUAAAAAUAAAUCAGAAUCAAAUUCAAAAGAAUUUGAACAUGAUUAUCCAUUUUCAUUAACAUUCAUAAUUUUGGGUGUAUUUUUUUGGUUACCAUUACUUUUCAACAUUGUAUAUAUAAGAUCACCUAAUAUCCAUGCAAGAAGAAUUGUAUUUGCUUCAAUAAUACUUGCAGGUAUUUAUUUCAUCGCUAUUAUCUUUGUUUUAGUUGUUGCUGGAUGUGCAUUUUUCUACUAUUCCACCCAUUAA